AUGGCAUCUCCUAUAGCGCAAUAUCCCAAAACUGGAAUCCGAAUUAUCAUAGUCGGUGCUGGCUUUGGGGGUCUUACAGCUGCAAUCGAAUGCACACUUAAAGGCCACACUGCUAUCAUAGUCGAGAAAACUCCAACAUUUGAACAGCUGGGUGAUAUUAUUUCAAUUAGUACAAAUGCAGGCCGAAUCAUGUCACGAUGGGACCCAGCACUCGUAGAGGAGAAGCUGCGCCCUGUAUGCAUGCGCCAUUCCGGUUUCAAGAUCCAGAACAAAGAUGGCCAACAAAUAUUUUUCCAGGCAGCCAUGCCUCCAAACCGUGAGAGACCGAUGUACAACGGACAUCGAGCAGACAUUCACAAGGUGUUCUACGAGUACGCCAAGUCGCUCGGCGUCGAGUUUAACAUGGGACAGAAAGUCACUGGAUAUAAAGAAGAUGCAGCCAGCGGCAAAGCCUGGAUUGAAACCGAGUCCGGCGAGAUCUUCAAGGGCGAUGUUGUAGUUGGUGCCGAUGGAGUUCGAAGUAGGGCAAGAAAACUGAUUCUUGGAUACGAAGAUAAACCGAGGAGUAGCGGAUAUUCUGUCUGGAGAGCUUGGUUCAAUGCAGAGGAGAACGGUGUCACGACAGAUCCUUUGACUAAAGAGUUCGUGGAGAAUGGAGAUACACACACCGGAUGGUUAGGGGACGAUAUGCAUUUGCUAGUAGCGAGCUGCAAAGGCGGAAAGGAAAUUUCCUGGGUUUGCACAAGAAAAGAUGAUUCGAAUCUCGAAGAGUCUUGGUCAAGCAAAGGAAAAGUAGAGGAUGUUCUCAACCGCAUAAAGGACUGGGACCCAAAAUGUCGCGCAAUUGUAUCAAAAUCGCCUUCAUGUAUGGACUGGAAACUUGUGUGCAGAGAUCCUCUACCAACAUGGGUUUCUCCCACUGGUCAUACUUGUCUCCUCGGGGACGCAGCACAUCCUUUCCUUCCGACCUCAGUACAGGGCUGUUCUCAAGCAAUCGAGGAUGGCUCUGUGCUUGCUACAUGUCUCUCCCUAUCGCAUCAAGACUCCAAUAUUCCCGCAUCUGAGAAGAUUCCCAGAGCUCUUCGUGCUUAUGAACGACUUAGAUAUGAGCGUGUGAAAUCUGCACAAAAGACUGGCGAGGAUCUCCGGGACAAAUGGCACAAGUGCGAUUACAAAACCGUCCAUUUAAAUCCUGAGAGCAUCAGGAUGCCUCGGGAGGAUUGGCUGAUUAAACAUGACAGCGAGAGAUUCGUCAGGAGGAUGUGGGGCAGCGUUGUAGCCGAGCUGACCGGGGGUCCUGUUAUCCCGAGGAAGAGUUUGGCGGCCGGCAGGGAAAGCGACGAGAAGUUUGAUAACAUCGAACUUCCACCCACACCCCUUUCAACACCAAAGGAAGAGCUAGCUAAUCCUUUGAGAUAA